CGCGGAAAUUGCAACAUUCGCAGCCAGUGGUUGUGGAAAUUUGGUGGAAGAUACUAGAGAAUUAUCGGUGGCAGUGGAAGGUUAUGGGUGGCCGUUGUUGGCGCUUGUCUGUUGCUGGCAUCAUGCUGAACAUGCUGGCUGCGGUGCUGUUGGUGGUGUGUGCUGUCGUGUUGGUGCGUGUGUCGCGUAUCCAUGUGGUUGACGACUGGAACGAGGAGCCUGUGCUCUCUGUUCUCAUCACAGGCGCAAAUGGCUAUGUCGCAUCUCACGUCAUCACUGUACUCGACAACCAGUGGCGCCAUGGAAAGCUGAGGCUGUGGGCAUCUGGGCUUCCCCCUCAAACAGUACUGACAAACCCUCAUCUGGACGUGCUUCGAGAGCGAUUGGAACUGAAGGAUGACAAAGGCAUCCAAGACGGCGUUCGCGCCUUUGACCCAGAUCUCAUCCUCCACUUUGCCGCCAUGAGCUCUACCUCUCUAUGCGCCAGCAAUCCAGACUUGGCAUGGAACAUCAACGCGGAAGGCACGCGUCGCCUUGCGCUCGCCCUCACAACAACACACAAAUCCACUACAGCACACCAACAACAACAGCAGCAGCAGCAGCAGCAUCCGCUGUUUGUGCUUAUAUCCACGGACUGGGUGUACGAUGGGACCGCGGCCAAUGUGCGUGAACACGCGCCCGCGCCUGGCUUUGGCGUGUACGGGCAGACCAAAGCGGCUGCGGAGGAGGCAACGAGCAGCGUGCUCGGUGAACACGCGCUCAUCCUGCGAAGUGCGCUUGUGUUUGGCCCACCCUCGCUUGUCGAUGCCCGGCGACGCUCCACGCUUGGCUGGAUGGCAGACGCGCUCCGUAACUAUGAACGCAUCACCGCUUACGAGGACGAGUACAGAACCCCGGUGUACGUCGGCGACAUUGCUCGCCUCAUGUUGCACAUCAUCAGAAGUACUGCAGCCGCACGCGCGCGCAUUGGUAGCGGUGAUGGUGGUGAUGGUGGUGCUGCCGGUGGUGGUGGUGAUGGUGGUGAUGUUGGUAGUAGCGGUGAUGGUGAUGAGAUGAGGAGGGGGGUGGCGGCACAUGUGCGCCGUGCGAAUCACCCGUGGUCGCACGUCUUCCAAGGGCUGGAUCGGCAAUUUGGGACAAGCACCGAGGGUGACACGAGGAGUGGGCGCCGUGCGCUUGUGUUCAAUAUGGGCGGUGCGGACCGGGUGUCCAGGUUUGAGUUUGCCAAGGUCGUGGCGCAUGUGCUGGGGCGCGGCGACUAUCUCAUCACGCCAGCAUCACUCGCCGCCAUGCAACAACAACAACAACAACAACAACAACAACAACAACAACAACAACAACAACAACAACAACAACGGCAGCAGCAGCGCCCGCCUGAUGUGAGCAUGGACAGCAGUGCGCUGUGGUCGGCUAUUGGCUUUGCACCGACGCCCCUCAAGCAGGCUGUGAUACAGAGUCUCGCUCAGGAGUGAUUGUCGCAGUGGCUGAUGCUUCUUGCUGUGGUUUUAAUUGAUGCGGAAUGGUUGAGAGUUUAUUGUGGAAACUCUUACAUUCCCCAUUUGAUGUGGAGAGUGCAUGGCCGAGAUGUACGUACUGGGUUAAGCAUUAUUGUUCAAAACACUCAAGAGUGGAAUAUGCUGUGCUAACUGACACGAUAAAAGAGAACGC